GCCCCUGCGCCGUUCAACUCUCCCCGCUCCGAUAUCAUCUUGCGGUCCCGCGAUAGAGUCGACUAUCGGGUGCGCAGCAGUAUAUUGGCGGAGGCGUCCUCCGUCUUCGAGGAUAUGUUCGACAUCGCCAGAGAAGCUCCCGUCGAACAAUGCCCCAGGAGAGACGGUAUUCCUGUCGUACCUGUCACGGAGACAAGCGAGGUCGUGGAUCUCCUUCUCCGCCUCUGCUACCCUGUUACUACGCCCGUAUUCACGUCGCUCUCGCAAGUCAGGGACGUCUUGACGGCUGUGGACAAGUAUCUCAUGGAGGGCUUGACAGAGAUGAUGAAGAGACAGCUCACCGAUUUCACGCUCGAUGGCGCGCAUCCACUGCUUGUCUACAUUACAGCAUACGCCUAUCACUUUGAAGACGUCGCACGUGUUGCCGCGCAGCGCACCAUUGGACAACCCUUACAGGACGUCUAUUUCACCGAGCUGGAGGACUUGACGGCGGGCGCAUAUCAUCGGCUCCUCCAGUUCCACAAUGCA